UUAUUAUAAAUGGUAUUGUGUUUUUAAUUUCAGUUUCAGCAAUUGUUCAUUGCUGGCAUGCAAAAUAUAUUAAUUUUGUGUGUUGAUCUCAUCCUUGCUAAACUCACUUAUUCUAGGAACAUUUUUGUGGUUUGCUUCAUGUUUACUUGAAAAGCAUCUGUAUUCUGCCAUCAUUGGGUGAAAAGGUCCAUAAAUUACACUUUGAUAUAGUUGGCUGAUGAUGAUGUUCAGUUUUUCUGUAUCUAUGAUGAUUCUCCUCUCUCCUAGUUCUGCUGUUUGGGAUCAGAACCACGCAUGUGCAGCCAGAAUGCCGGCUUCGGUGCUCAUAAGCAGUUUUUAAGGAGUCUCUUUCCAGAGGGGAUGAACAAUCAGUACGUCCGCCGGGAGGUCUUCUGUGGGAACACCUGCCACGAGCUGAAACGCUUCUGGGAAAGGGAAAUCGGCAAACAGACUUACUACCGAGAAUCAGAGGAAUACCGCCUGGGGAGAAGUGCACUGAGAAAGCUCAGAGAAGAAUGGAGGCAGAGACUGGAAACCAAGCUGAGGAUGAGGAACAAUCCAGAUGAGACUGAAAAGCGGGCAAAUGUGGGCCGAGAGCUGCUUGCUUCACUGACACAAGACGAUACAAAGCACUGAGGUCGCCGUGCUGGGAGAAGUCAACGCAAAUCGCUGAGUCCCUUUGCCACGCCGAACAGAUUUCAUACGAUUGUCUCCCCCCACCUGCGAGGGGUUUACCUGCACCUCCUUUCCCAGUUCUGAGUCGGAAUUAUCGGCCACAUCAGUCCUCUGCAUGGGGGCCAGAUAUUAUCCCAAAUGUCUCUAACAAUGAGAGUAUUUAAUACCCAAGUUCCAUGCAGCAUCCUUUAUUUCCGUAUAAUUAUCGUCUAAUUUUGAAAUCCAAAUAUUUUCAAAGCGCAGCAGGUGGGGGCUGAUCUUCACGGUUAGACUUGAAAUGUUGCAUAGUAGGUUUGCUCCACAUUUCUCCCAGGAAACAGUUUCGUGUUUUCAUUUUACGUGAUGAAAAAUACACCUAUCUGCAGAAAUAAAAAUAU